UGUCAAGACAGGGAAGUUGAAAAUAGAUGACACAUCAUGCCACUGUGCCGGGGAAGAUAGGGUGACUGAUUUCAGUGUACUCUAUAGUUAUACAAGAGUCUCCACAUGCGUGCUAUGUGGUAUUUAUUCCUGUCCGUCGUGAGCCAAGUGUCGUCCUAUGCAGUUCACGCCGAGGCUCUCAAAGUCAGUGGUCAUGUAGGGCACAAUGUCACAAUGCCCUGUGCCUAUAGUGCCCAAGCUCAUGGUCUCUUGAGCUUCUGUUGGGGUCGAGGAAAGGUCCCCACUUUUACAUGCUCAAACACGAUCAUCUACGCUGAAGAUGGGGUGGUGAGCUUUAUCAGCGAGUCCAGGUAUCAGCUCCUGGGCCACCUCAGUGAUGGAGACGUGUCCCUGACAAUUCUGAAUGUUCGACCAGGUGACACUGGCGUGUACGGCUGCAGGGUCGAGAUACCAGGGAUGUUCAACGACUAUAAAGUCAACAUAUAUUUGGCUGUGGAGGAAGCACCUUCGCAACAACCUGUUACUCAGGUCAGUCUGCCAGUGACCGCUAAAAGACAACAAGCCAUUUCAGAAGUGUCUGAAUUUGAACAUGCAGGAGGAGAUGAUUUGACAUUAAACUGGAAAGGCAGAGCUGAGGAGGCAGCCAGCGCAUUCCAGGAAGUGGGCAACAUUUGCAGAAUCGCAGCAAUUAUUUCUCUUACUGUGCUCAUAAUCCCAAUCUUUAUUGCUUGUAAGUAUCACGUGGUAAAUGUAGUUUGUAAUAUCUCUUGUAGAUGAAGAUCAGGUCAUUUGACAGAGCUAACAAAUUCCUGUUCAUUGUCUCACAGCAGAGAAACGACCUCGGCCACUUACACACCUAAAAACAUCAACAAGAGAGAAUGUGUAUGAAAUGAUCUAAAAUCACUUGCUUUUGCUCUUCUGGGUCUUUUUGUUGUUCUACGUUUGUAAUAUUAUAAUUGUUAUUGUAUUUUCUGAAACAUUUAUUUUGUGCAAUUAAACACUGUCCCCCCAAUUUUGCUGCUGUAGACUGCAAAUUUCCCCAGUGUGGGACAAAUAGAGUUUCUUUUCUUAUCUUAUCUUAAUGAUUAAAUACAAAGAUUAAAAACAACAUUCAAGUCGAUGAGCAUACGAUGCUCGUCAGAAAAGCUGAAAGACUGCUGUACCGGACAUGUCACCCUCAAACGACAAACUACAAGUUUCCCGCUUCAGUGUGGGCCGCACUGCGAAGAAAUUCUGUGAUAUUUUAUGUAGUUGAAGAGGCGAAAGUUGUGGUACGGCAACGCCAACGGCUGUCUGGCCAGAAAAACAUGACAUCACAAUGACCUAAGCAUCCAACAAUUCUUGGCUGAGCAGAACCUCGUCAUUUUGGACUGCUCACCUGACCUUGACUCCCAGUGAUUAACCCCCCCACCUCCUCCACACACACACACACACACACACACACACACACAAUCCUUCCAGGACUGCAUAAAGGCCAGGCAGAGAAACCUGAGAAUAUGUGCGAAGAGGGUGCUUCAAUCAAACUCGUAAUUUGGAUUUGAAAAAACUUUUGUGGAAGCAGUGCAGGAUUUUUUCUGACACACUUUCUCAUCUACAUACUCUGUUUUAUUCAUGCGUUCUACAGUAAUUAUGUGAACUCUAUGAAAUUGCCUUGAAAUAAAAUGAUUGACAUUGUCAUUUGUGCCAUAAACUAGGCAUAUACUCUGUUUUUUGACACAUACGUUAUGCAGUCAAAGUUC